GAUUGGGAUGCUCUAGUCUUGCAGCAACAGUACAAGGAGAAGUUCGCUGGCCAUGUUCAUGACCACGAGUCGGUGACCCUGGCGAAUCUUGAGAGGAAGACCUCCAUUUCGUUGCAGCAGUGCCUCUCCAGCCUGGUAAAAGAUGAGAAUUUGACGGUCUAUUGCCGUGAGUGCACCAAGCAAGCUGAGGGUGAAUUCACUGAGUCACCUCAUGUGAAAUCGCUCCGCUUCUGGGCAUGCCCACCCUUAUUGGUGCUUCAAUUAAAGCGCUUCCAUACCCGUUGUGGUGUUGCAUACAAACUCUUCAACGAGGUAACUUUUGGCCAAUCCCUGAAUCUCAAGGACUGUCUUUGUGAUGGCACGAACGACUGCCACAGGACAAGGGCCUUUGUAGAUUGGCACCGACCACUGCGAGAGCGAUCUAUGUCUGAUGAGAUGAGAAGAUGGGCUGGCUUUCCCAGCCUCUCGCGAGAAAUCACCGACUACAAGCUCUAUGGUGUGGUCUACCACAUCGGCGGUAUGGGUUCAGGUCACUACACAGCCUGCAUCCUACACGAUGGACAGUGGUAUUGCUUUAAUGACGAUCGGGUCUACACCAUCUCCGAAGAGGAUGUCCCUGGACACAAUGCUUAUUUGCUGUUCUACGCUCGUGCGGAUGUGGUGUCUGGGGAGAUGGACCUUGAGGACCUCUUCCCAAAUGAAGGACGUCAGGCUGGUUGCGCAGACAUUGAACAGAUCAAGAAGAGCCCCUGGGCAGUGGACAUGCACCGACUCACCUCCAGCAAGACUGGUCUCAGUGCUGGACUGGGAGGCGACAGGUUCUGCAGUGUGAGCUAA